GUUUGUAAUACAUUUAAUGAUUUGAUUGUUUACGUUCUGUUAACAGAAUUUUAUCUGUGCUUAUAUCAUAUAAGCAAGGACUUAUGUCUGCCCAUAUGGUGUGCGUAUAUAUAUUAUAGACGCGAAUGAUUCUUGCCUAUCGAGGCAUAAGAUGGUUGAAAACUGCGGUACGAAUUAUUUGCGGUGGGAAAAGUACUCGAUUUAAACGACUGGUGGCGCUAGUUGUGAAAGUACAGUUUCGAAAGAGACAUUCGAGGAGUAGGAGUCGGCGCGCGCGCAUCGGGCUUCGGAGCUUCUUUCGAAUAAGUUCGCGAGUUUGAAUUUGUCAGUGUAAACGUGCAUUGAAUUGUUGCUAAGAGUGCUUAUUACAAUCGGGAGACAACGAAUUCCUAUUGCAUUAGUGGUCCUGAUUGCUCCGGAGUCGAGUUUGGAUCGGAAACACGCGACGAGGAUAGGGUCAUCAAUUGAGAGAAGAAAUACAGUAAUUACGACAACGCAGGAGACACGCACAUUCGCUCGAAUUAUUUCAGCGCCAUUACUGAGGAGCUUCAUUUUCCGCCGCAAGAUGGCGACGGCGUUUCCACUACCGUCUCGCGCGGGGAGGUCGUUGAACGACGGAAGCGGCGAGGACUCCGUGACAAGGGCCAAAAGGAACAGGAAAAAGAAAAGGAGAAAAGCGAACGGAAAAAGACCGGCCGAAGAAGACGGGGGAAGGAGCGUGGCGGCGAGGAACGGAGACGAUCCGAGAACUCCGGCGUGGCCAGGCAAAGGGCGAAGCUCGUUAUCGGUGUACCGUGGAACCGCAGCCUGCAAACGAUCAGAGGGACUCGGUAAUUACAGCCCGGAGAGUCCUCUUUUUUUUCUUCCGGCGAAACCGCAGGGAAACGCUGCGAAGGGUGGCUUCCGGAAUUUCGUCGCGCCGCGACCUUCGGCCGGAGAAGAUCUUGACGUCUCAAGCAGGGUCCAAGCGUAAAGUCCGUCGGACGACUGUCGAAUCCAUCGAUCGCGAUCUCGUCGAUCCUCGUUCGAUCGGGGUCCAAGAACACUGCUGCGACCGCUGGCAGCUGUGUUUUGGAAAUGUUGACUUGUUGCAUACCUGAUUGGCUCGAAGGAUGGUUCGGACACGGUCGUACGACCAUGUAUACGACGGAGGUCGUACGAAGAUGGAGGUCGUCGGGGGACCUGUAAACAGUGAUCGAACACAGCGAAGACAUCGUCCCAACCUUCGACUGGAGAAUAUGUGUAGACCGUUUCAACGAUUUCGUUAUCGCUUAGGGAGAUUGGCUUACGGUUAUUAUACAACGUAUAAUUGAGCCACGACCUGUCUCCGCGAAGAACUUCUAAACGGUUAUCGAACGAUGCAGAGUUUUCGAAUUAGCGACACGUACAGUGCUCUUCUCCGUACAAACGAUCCCAGUUAUUUCUCAGUGUCGAUGAACUUGGGACCCACAAAAGGGGAAGCAGCUCGCAUCAGUGCCGCGAGCCAGUGCAACCGAUCGCCUGCUUCCAAUCGUUCCUUCAUCGUCGAACUGCCCCGAUUUUAUGGCACUUUCGGGAUCGCCGAGUCAAGGUGGUCAAAGUGUUGAUCGUGCGAAGAGCAAAGCGUCGAUCUUGAACGCUCUCUGAACAAGAUGAAGCGUGCGAUCAGUGACCACGAGUGCGCGGAGGCGACAGAGCCACCACCGAUCGGAUUCCGACGAUCGCGAAAUCAGAGGAGACACCGCGAGCCGGGAGCUCCGCGUCCGUGACAGUGUUCCGUGCGAGCGGUUCCUGUUCGGCUCUCUAAUCUAUUUCUAGAGACAUAGACAGAGAGCCAUAGACACGCUGCCUGUGUUGGUGAACCGUUCCCGUUCCCGAAAAAAGCAUUGUGCACGGGGAUUCGAAUUACAGUGACUACGCGAAAAGAAAUUCCAGAUCCCAUUCAGAAGAAUCUUCCGGCCGAAAGACAUUCCUCCGCGAUUCUUCCGAUCCUGCGGCAACAGGAGGGCCAGAGCGCGGGGCGGAAGAACGACGAGCAGAUAGAUAGAUAGAGAGAUACAGAGAGCGAGAGAGAGAGAAAAAGAGGGAGAGAGAGAGCGAGAGGGAGAGACAAACACAGAGAAGGAGAGAGGCAGAGGGGAAGGGGGUAGAGAAGGGGGUGUUGUCAUCGGGUAGUCGCGAUCAGCAGGAGCAGCAUCAGGAUCGCGGAAGAGGGUGCAGCAGGAGAGAGAGAUUUUUCCCCACCGCUUGGAAAAACCGACCCCCACCAGCUCUCUCUCGGCUAGCACGGCCAGGCGGCGGUGGCGGCGGCGUGGAAAGAGAGAGCGCGCGAGAGAGAGAGGGAGAGGGAGGGAGAGAGAGAGAGAGAGCCACGGAGGGGUAGGUUACCCAGGGUGGUCUCGGUGGUGGCUGGGGGCGGCAGCCUCAAAAAUACACCGCAACCACACCGCGCGGCUCCACCGCAGAAGCCGCCAUCUUCCACCGCCGAACCGAAACGAGACCGCGCGAGUUAAACACCCUAUCCUACUUCCCCGUGGAAGUUGCCGCUGCCGCUGCCGCCGAGCCAGCGACCACCAAGAAGUGUCCUUCGCUGUACGCCGUGGCACUGGUCGGCUGUCAGUCAGCGGAUCGGCCAGAAAAACUUGCGACUCGUCCGCGCUCUUCGAACGGCGCGGAUCAGCAACGUGACAGGCGUCGAGUGACGGGACAUCGAGUGACAGUUUCGACGAAGGAUUCCUCCGCGUCCGGGAUCGACGAGCCGCGAGACGGUGUUCGAGUUCGCGGAGGACCGUCGAAAGGGUGCGACGAGCUGUUUCGAAGAAUUUACGCGGAAACGUUGUUUUCGGUGUUCGAAGAGAGUUUAGACCGCGUGGUCCACUGUCGGCGACCGGAGAGGGGACAGAGCGAGAUGAUUUAGCGAGGGACGAUGGUGUCUACGUGGGGUCAGUGUUGUUCCGCGGGACUCGAUGAUCCGGGGUCCGGAGUUAACACCUGUUAGAGGGUGUCGGUGUGGUUAUUAGCGGUUGAUCGAGGCCGCGUGUUCUUCCGAUGUCUCUCGACUCGGAGGACGAUUGAACGCGAUUGCAAAAGUGGCCGAGGACUUGGCGGCGGGGCAGACGAUCAAAGAAAUCGCGGGACGGGGGAAGAGGGACGAGGGGCCGACCCGACGUCGGUUCCAAUAAAACGAAUUUUCCCCGCGACUUGGCAAUCGAGACGAGGAAGAAUUUGCAAACGGCUGCCGCUGCCCCCGGCCCCGGUAGCGGGAUAAUGAAAUAAGGAUCAAAGGGCCGCGUCCUUGGGCCGCCACGCGGAGCCGCGCGUGCCGCCGCCGAGCGUGUGUGCUCGCCGAGAAGAAUGCGUCGAUCGUGAUCCGCGCGCUUUAUCGGCUUAAUUAACUACCGACUUCCGGCUCGUCGGUUCCACGAAUAUCGGGAACGUCAGAACUCGUCGAGGACCGGACAUAUUCUUGGAGACAUUGUUCGAGUGUCCAGUGAGUCGACUUUGUUCGUUUCGGUUCGGUUCGGUUCGGGGUUUCGUGUUUGAGUUUCGGAGUGAAAGGUUCGGGAAGAAGAUUGAAUCGAACGAGAGGCGGGUUGUCGAAGAGCCCGAGGACAUUCCGAAGGAAGAGACCGAUGAUCCCGUGCUCAUGACGAAUCCUUUACGAGAUGCGCGCCCCGAGGAUCGGCCUCCAGGCUUAGACUAUCCUGACCCGAGGCUGCUGAGGAACGGCCACCAGGCUCACCAAGCGAACUCGGUGCAUCAGAUCGGUGGGCCGAGGAUACGAAGGACCAGGACAUCGUCUCUGAGAAGAAGGAUGCACCUGGCCAACGAGGUCCCGCCGCAAGGAACCGCCGCUGUCAACAACUUGUCCGAUUAUGCCCUCACCGCGGACCUGCUCGCCGAGAGGACCUUGGAUGGACUGUUCGCCGAGCAUCCUGGCGAACUGGUGCGGACAGGCUCCCCGCACGUGGUUUGCACGGUGCUACCAGCACACUGGAGGUCGAACAAGACGCUUCCGGUAGCGUUUAAAGUGGUAGCUCUGGGCGAGGUCGGUGACGGGACACUGGUGACGGUGCGUGCAGGCAACGACGAGAAUUGCUGUGCAGAAUUGCGGAAUUCCACCGCGGUGAUGAAGAACCAGGUCGCGAAAUUCAACGACCUGAGGUUCGUCGGCAGAAGCGGUCGAGGGAAAAGUUUCACCCUGACGAUCAUGCUGCAGACCUCGCCGCCCCAGGUAGCCACGCUGUCCAAAGCGAUCAAGGUCACCGUCGACGGACCCAGGGAACCGAGGUCCAAGACAAGUGAGUGGUCGUUACCAACCGUAGACCCAUUCUUUGCAGGACACCAGGCCUUUCAUCCGUUCCAUUUCGGGCCCCGGCCGUUUCCCUUCGGCCAUCCUCAGGAUCCGCUGGGAUUCAAGCUGUCCGGCUUGCAACACCUGGGCCUGGAGCAAGGAGCCAGCCAAGGGUGGGGUGGACUGCCUCGAGGGUCUCUGCCACCGCACUGUCUUCCGCCGCCUCCCGGUCACCAUUCGCAUACACAUCCUCCUGCAGCUGGUGCGUCGGCCUUCAAUCCCUUCCACCACAGCAUCGAGCAGAGAUCUCCCAGACUGCCUGGACCUAACACCGAGUCGUCCAGAAACGAUCUGGGUCCAAUCAGCGUCUCCGUGAGGGAGGUGACGCCGACCUCGUCACCUGGCAAUUCUGGACCAGGUUUGCUCACGACGGCCACCGUCGCGGCGCCCACCCCACCGGCCGAGACCACCACCACCACCACCACGACGACACCCAGCCCCUCCGGACAUCACUCUCAUUUCCAAGGUCUGCACCUCCUGGGAGCCACAGGGUCCAUCUUCGGCUCGAUAUUCGCUCCGCUGUUGCCGCAAUCGUCUUGGCUCUACAACCCUCUGUACCACACGCAACAGUACAUGCUGGAGCCGGAAUGGCACGCUCUGGCGUUGAGAAUGGCUCAGCAGCGGUUGCAGAGGCCGGACCAGGCCAGGCUGGAGGAGCUGAGGAAGCUCCGCAGCACCAGCAACAGCCCCGAGACUGGUCUGAAAGAAGAGAAACAGCGGGACGGCGACGACCAGGACGUGCUACGAAGAUCGGGACUGGACAGCCCCGACGGAAGCAUAGAGGUGGACGACAGGAACGAGUACGAGCAGACGAGGGACAGGGUGAGGAGCGACGACUCGCUUCCCGAGCAGGAUUCCCCGAGGAUCUCUCCCGCGAGGAGCGACGCCGAGGACGGGACGAACGACGCGUCGUUCCAGAACUCUGUUCACCUGCGGCCCAGCAUGGAGAACUCGAACGAUCAGGAGACGACCACCAGCGACGAUCAGCUCCCGCGGAGAGAUCUGUCCGUGAAGAUCCGUCUCGAGGGCACCGUGGACCUCAGCACGAAGCGAGGUCAGGACAAGGAGAACGUUGGACAAGAUCUGACCACCAGGAAGAAGGACGACGACACCGACGUCGAAAGGGACGCCGUCAGACCGAGAAGAGAGAGGACGCCCAAGCCAAGACACGUCUGGAGACCUUAUUAAGGGUCGUAGAACCGUCCGGGCGCACCUGGACUCGGCACGAAUCUUCCGAGACGAGUCUUCUUCCGACCAGACGCGUCUCCGCGGAUCCUCUCACGGUCUCGUUCGCGCUUGUCCCAACCUAGGUGGUCCGGUCGAUUUCCGUAUUCGAAUGUACAGCGCCCUCGUUCAGGGUUAGCGACCGCGAAUGCUUAGCGCCUGGUCCUUUGGCUGGGACCUAUCAAGGACUCGAGGACUAACCAGGGUUUUACGUUCGUAUAGUAUGUAAAUAUAAGCGGCGUCCAAUUAUUACCUAGGCUAAACGUACGUACGCGUUGAAACGCCGACCUGACAUCGUCGUUCAGCGACGAUCCUCGUCGCAUCGGGCCGACAACGAGGAGAUUUUAUGAGAAACGAGGAGCGAUCGAGGAGCCUGUGCGAUGGGAAUCGUUGGCCACUUCCCGACGAGAAACUGCGAACCGUUGUAAAUACCACAAGUCCUAAAGGAUUCCAAGCCCCGGUCGAGUCAUGCCUCCGGGUUGAUCCUCUCUUUUUGUUUUUGUACGAGGAGAUACGAGCGAUCGAGGACGCGACGUGCUCGAUCGCGCGGGCGUGACCGAUCCUGGGAGAACGAAAUCUUUCACUGUUUAAGUACGUCGUCAAAUAAAGUAAUAUCAUCCGUUCCAUCAA